GCAGAGAUUGAUGAAGAAAGUGAAGAAGAGUCUGGGUGAUGAGACAAGCCUCAGCAGGUUGUCCCCAUCAACCCCAGGCAAAUAUGAUCAUGAAAUCUUUGCCAGAGCCCAAGCUGGUGACUUGCCAGCAGUCCAGUCCUUGUUCCACUCUGGCAAUUUUGAUCCUGGCAAUGCAGACUGGAUAGACAGACUGGUGCUUUGUGCUGCCAAGUAUGACUGGCCUGACUUUUUGGCCAAUGACCUGGCCCAGGCCCCUGGUUUCCGUCCAACCAGGCUGAAAUCUGCAUUCAGAAGGGCCUGUGCUUAUGGGAGUCUUGGUGUGCUCACCAGGUUGCUUGAUGGAGAUGAUGAAGGCUUUGGUCCAAGGGUGGAUUGGAGAGAUGUAGGCAGUGAUGGAAAAACUGGCUUGCACAUUGCCUGCCAUCAUGGGAGGCACUUGAUUGUGGAGGAGUUUCUGGCUAGAUGGCGCUGCUCUGACUAUGAGGGCUUCCUUGAAGCUGAGGAUGUUAGCAAGGCAACAGCCUUGGUGCUGGCCACAACAGCAGGAGCCACUGAGUGUGUGACAGCACUUUUGAUGGCUGGUGCCAUGGUGACAACCCAGGCUGGGAAAUCAGUUGUUGACAUUGCUGUUCUGCACAAUUUGCCUGAUUUGGCUGAUCUUCUGAAAGCAUUUGAAGCCUCCAAGAAGCCUCAAGUGACCCUGGCAAAGCUAGCAUUUGAUGAGUCAUGGGACACCUUGAGCAGCUGGUGCAGGUUUUCAGAAGCAGAAAGGUUCUCUGAUCUCUUCCAAGAUGGCUCUGCUUUCUACUGGGCUUUGAUGAGAGGCAAUCUGUCUGCAGCUUCCAGAAUUGGCUUCCAUCAUGGAGAAACAAUGAGAAAACAGGGUGUUUCUUGGGAAGCACACAUUGUGGACUUACUCAUGUCAGAUGCUCUGAGAGCCAUGGAAGAUGGUGUCAAUUGUGGAGAUGUCCUUGCAGAAGUCUUGGAAAAAUUGUUUGUCCCAGUGUUGGAAGAUACUGAAACUCAAGACCUAUCAAGGUUUACCCUUGAAUGGACCCAGUUGAUAACUGCCAUUUUGAAUGGAGGUGCUCAGUGGGCAUCCAUUUGCAGCAUUUUGGGCUCUGCAACAAUUGCAUUGCCUCAAAUGUGCUAUGGGUUCCUCAGAGUCCUGCCAUCUUGUAUGCCAAGUGUGGCCAACACAGAGAUAUUCAAGAAGGAUUUCAUCACCUUGGUUAUCAACUGUAUCAGUUUUGACAGGCAAAGGAGUGAGUGCAAAAGAUUUGGGGAUGUGUUGGCCCUGACAGACAAACUCAUUCAAAGAGGGGACAGUGAACUUUCUAGACAAAUCUUUCAAUUCCUGCUGCAAUCAUCCUUCAUUCUGAGACUUGGCUGGUAUCCAGAGUGUCUCCCAUUGAUUCAAAAGUUUGCUAACCAUGCACAGCAUCUGUGGGACCUGGAACUGAUUCUGGAUACUGAAGGGAAGACAUCUUUGGCCAGCUUUCUAGCAGAAUUUGAAGCAGCAAGGAAUGAAAAAGGGAAACAUUUGUUUGACCUCCUCUUGGAGACUGACAACAGUUUUGAAGCUGUCUCUGCUUUGAUGCCUCUAGGAUGUCAGCCAUCAUCAAAGACCAUUUCUUGCCCUGACCCCAGGGUUCAAGACCUGAUCAAGAGGGCAAGGUUCUUUGAGGAUGCUGGAGAAAGGCUGCCAAGUGUUGCAGAAAUGGCAAAGGACCAGCAAGCUCCAGUUCUUUUGAACCUGUUGAGGAGAACAAAUUCCCCUUUGACUGCACAAGAUGUUGGCUGCAUCAAAUUCCUUGGCAAGACUGCUCAUGAUUGGUGCAUCCAGAAUCACCAUGAUAACAUUGUCAAAGAAAUGCAUUUUUUCUUGGUGCCCAUCAUCAGACAAGCCCUGGAUGAAAACAAUGUAAAGACCUUGUCAGCUCUGUUGUCAGAACUGAGCUCAGUAGCCUUCACAUUGAACCUUGGGUCAAGUAACAUUGUUCAAAUGGUGAUGAGACCUGAGUACAAGUUCCCACCAGUGAGGAAAACUGUUUUAGGUAUCCUUGAGGCCACUCAUCCAGCCAUUUUCCAGGACCUUUUAGACUCAACCACCAUGACAGAUAUUUUGUUGCUAGAGGACGCCUCUGUCACUCAGAAAUUCCUCAACAAUUCAGUCAAGUUUGCCUUUGACUCUUGCACAGUUUCUUUGCCUGUGAACAAGUGGGAAGUGGGGAAGAAGGCCAGGGAAAAAUACUAUUGUGAACUGGGAUCAGGGAAAGUGAACCAUGGAUUUGAGGUCUCACAGAUUUCCAUCUUGGAUUCCACAUUUGGAGACGUCAAUCAACUGGUGCAUCAAAAGGAUGAUCAUUUGGGCCAUGGUCUCCUUCAAGUGCUGGUGGAGGGCCUGAAGAAAAAGAGGAAGUUUGUGAUGGAGAACCUAUUGUUGCAUCCUGCAGUGUCAUCUUGGUGCCAGGUCAACUGGAACACCUACAAACCCCUGCACAAUAGGUUCAUGAUGUUCAGCCUGCUUCACUUCCUAUUGACAUGCUUUUUUGUGUGCCAUUUUUGUUCUGUGGGGGGACUGGACCACUUUCCAGCACUCUGCACACUCUGGGGCUUCAUUUUGGCAGCAUCUGCCCUCAGGGCACUCUGGGAAGUUGACACUUGGGUCCUGCUCAGCUCCAAACUCUAUUUCCACCAGCUGGAAAGCUAUUUCAACAUUGCCUGGAUUCUGUUGCCACCUGUAUGUGGGGUGCCCUUUGGGAAAAUGAUCCCUGGACUGGAACAAGUGCAGAUGGGGUUCUUGGUUUUUGCGCCCUUCAUUGGAUCUGUGGUCCUGGUUGGUGCUUGUGGCAGCAGGACCUCUGGAAAGCCAGUGUUCAUGCUGCUAAAAACACUGGAUGAGACCAGGAAGCUGUACACUUACUUAGUCCCUAUUGUUGGUCUCCUCAUAAGCUCUGUGGCACUCCAUGGUGCUCUUUCCACCACUGUAUCAACACUGGCUGGGAGUCUGCUGGGGACUCUGGACCUGGACACACACUUUGUGGCAGCAGUUGGACCCAUCAUGCUGAUAGUGUCAAUCAUCUUUUUGAAAGUGAUCAUGCUGAGCAUAGUCAUUGGGAUAGCAUCCAGGAUAGUGUCCACAGUGGACAUGGAGUAUGAGUCCCUCAGGAAUGAGAAAAGGGUCUACUUCAUGCUGCAAGCAACCUCCAGAAGAUGCGCUUCAUCUAAUUUCUACCAGCGAUUGCUGAUUGGGAAACCUGUGCAAGAAAAGCACAUUUGCAACAGCACCUUCUUGUUGACCUCUGAGCCUAAAGAUGCCAGUGAAAACAUAUCCACAAUUUACAGCUUUCAGAAAUUUGUGAAGAAACUGAAAGAUGAUGGUCCUCAAAGUAAUAAUGAAUCCUCCUGGCAAAGUAAACUGGAGGACUUGUCUUCCUUGCAUCACAUGGACUCAAAGAAGAUCCAAGAAGAUCUGAAGCAGCUCAAAUCAUUGAUUUCUGAGCUUUCAGCAACCAUGGAUCAACACAAAUAUAAAUGAGAAAUCAAGUGCAAUGCUAUUUUGUGUGCCAUGAAGUGAAUGCCUGUGUUCCUGUUAUAUGUCAAAAAUGUUUCAUUGGUGAAGGAAAACAAAAAAAGUUUUUUGUUGAAA